UGAAGUGCGAGAGCGACGGAAAUUAGUGGGAGUGCGGGCUACCUGGUCUGGUCUGGUCUGCCCUGCCCUGCUCCGCAGCUCGCGUUAAUGGGGUUCGCCUCGAGUGUCCCGCGCCGCUCCGAGUUACCUGCCCGAAGCUCCGAAAGCUGAACAAUGAAGGUGAAGUACAGAUUCCAAGCCGGUGUCUUGGCGUUGGUAGGGCUGGCUGUAGGCUGCGUCUGGAUCUACGAGAAUCAUUUGGGCCAAAACCGGGGUAGAUUGAGGGUCGGGCGCGGAGUUCCCGGCUGGAACCUGGAACCCGUCUGCGAUUCUUUCUUCCAGGGGAAAAAUGCCUUUCUUUGGGAUGGGAGACGGGCUGCACCUGACGCGGGAGAAGGGGAUUCCGCAGCAAAUUACUGCCAGCGUCUGCAGCCGCGGCUCCACUACCACGGGAGCCUGCUCAGCACGGAGGAGACCGAUUUCCCCCUCGCCUUUAUCAUCACCGUGCACAAGGAAUUCGACACGUUCGAGACCCUCUUCAGAACCAUCUACCGCCCCCACAACCUCUACUGCAUCCACGUCGACGAGAAGUCGCCCGUGGACUUUCAGAGGCGCCUGCACCUUCUGCAAACCUGCUUUGGCAACGUCUUCCUCGCUUCCAGGAUGGAGCCCAUCGUCUACGCCGGCAUGUCCCGCAUGGAAGCCGACAUCAGGUGUAUGACCGACCUCCUGCAGCUCAAGACGGGCUGGAAGUACGUUCUUAACCUGUGCGGUCAGGAUUUCCCCUUGAAGACAAACCUGGAGAUCAUUCGUUACCUUAAGAAUUUCAAAGGAAAGAACAUUACUCCUGGCAUUUUGCCUCCGGAGCACGUCAAAAUCCGCACCAAGUUCGUGUUCAAGCAGUUCCUAUCUGCCAAUAACUCCCACGUCAUCAAAACUCGGGAACUUAAAUCUCCCCCUCCUCACAACAUAACAAUUUAUUUUGGAUCUGCGUACUAUGCCCUGACAAGUGAAUUCGUAGAAUUUAUUUUGAAAGACCAGAGGGCCCUGGAUUUAUUACAGUGGUCGAGAGACACCUACAGCCCUGAUGAACACUAUUGGGUAACCUUAAACAGGAUACCGGGUGUGCCUGGUUCAAUGCCUGCAGCAGGCUGGAAAGGAAACCUACGUGCUGUAAAAUGGAGUAAUCUAAAAGACCAUGAUGGUUGCCAUGCAGUGUCCAAGAAAAUUACUAUUUGUUUUAAAUGGAAUUCGAGUAAGUAUACAUCGGAUUGCAGCUGUACAAAACCACACCUGGAGAAUAUGAGCAUUCCAGGCACUACAACGUGUUGACCUUGACGACCGUGUCCAUUUAUUCGAAAGAUAUCCGCACUGCACCUGUACUGCGCUUGUUCACCCUGGAUUGUGGAAUACAGUACCAAAUAAUGAUGUGUUCGAAGUUUAAGAUAUUAAAGGGAGCUGGUGGGUAACUAGAAAGAAACGAUUUCCAUCAGGGAUAAAGAUUCAAAGUACAUUUAUUACACUGGACAGCAAAUUUUUUCCCAAAAGUGUUGCUUCCUCAGUUUUUUCUUGGUUAUGAUAGACAGCUUGAAGCUGAACACAAAUACAAUUUCAGACUAUUUGUAUCACUUAGGAAUCUGGAGAAACAAGAAAUUAACUUUUAUUGAAUAUAAUAUGUUUAAUUGCCUAAUGAUACUGACUUCAACUAAGGUAAAAAUGUUUUGUUGAUGAUUUUCAUUUGUACUCAGUGCCUAAGGCUUCUCGCUUAAGAGUCCAACACUAAUCAGCCAGCAUUGAUGGAUUCCAGUUGUCCUGAUAAAGUUUCUCUAUGACUGCAAUGUCCUGGUGAAACCUUCCACCAUGCUCAUCACUGACAGUGCCAAGAUUUGCAGGGAAGAAUUCUAAAUGGGAAUGCAGAAAAUGAAUUUUUAGUGACAUGUUGCACUUCAUGGUUUUGUAUGCUUGGAGCAUGUUGUCAACCAGCUGCACAUAGUUCUGUGCUCUGUAGUUGCCAAGAAAAUUUUCAACAACUUCCUUGAGUGCAUUCCAUGCGAUUUUCUUUGGUCCCACUAGAAGUUCUUAAAUUUGCCUGUCAUUGAUGACUUGUUUGAUUUAUGGACCAAUACAACUGCCUUUGUUAACCUUAGUAUCAGUAAUUUUGGGAAACAUCUGUCUCAAAUAUCACAACCCUUCAUGGAAAUUUUAGCAGAGAAACCAGACACACUGGUCAGACAGAAGCCGAGUCUGUCAUAUGAUCCUUCAGCUCUCGCCAUAUCACUGGGACGGUGAAUGGCAUUGACUUCCAAGACCCUCUGAGCCAAGCUCUAAGAUCAACAGCACAUGUUGUACAACAAACAUGAGGAGCCCAGGCUUUGCUUUGGUCACCAAUUUUACACCCAAAGUAGAGCUCAUGGGCUUUCGUAAUAAGAGGAGUCCUGCUCUGUUUUUGAGAUUUAAGUGUAUACUCGCCACAAAUAUAACAGAAAAUAUCUUGGCUGUUGUAGCAUUAGCGAGACAUUUUGUUACCACAAGUACUGCUGAAAAUACAAUAACUUCUUUCAAUGAGUAUACCAAUAUGCUAUGCACAUCAGGGAGUGGUGUCUCAGAAAGGCAGCGUCCAUUAUUAAGGACCCCCAGCACCCAGGGCAUGUCCUUUUCUCAUUGUUAGCAUCAGGUAGAAGGUACAGAAGCCUGAAGGCGCACACUCAGCAAUUCAAAAAAGUCUUCUUCCCCUCUGCCAUCCCAUUCCUAAAUUGACAUUGAACCCUUGGACACUACGUCAGUUUUUUUUAAUAUAUAGUAUUUCUGUUUUUUGCAUGAUUUUUAAUCUAUUCAAUAUACAGAUACUGUAAUUGAUUUACUUAUUAUCAUUAUUAUUUUAUUUUGUAUUUUUUGUCUUCUAUAUUAUGUAUUGCAUUGAACUGCGGCUGCUAAGUUAACAAAUUUCACGUCACAUGCCAGUGAUAAUAAACCUGA